CACACCACCACCAGCAGCAGCAGCAGCACACACACACUCACACUCACUCACACACACACACACACACACACACACGGAUGAGAGACUCGGGCAGCUUUUAUCAGCGGUGGUUUCACUGCCGAUAGUUAACUUCAGAGAGGAGGAGACAGAGAAGUGGAAGUUGCUUUCGGUGACGGAGGACAGUCUUUCUCUGACAUUUUUCUGGAAGUGUUGGGUUGAACUUGCUACAGAUAUCUCAGGAGGUUUUAUAACUUCCUUCAGAAUUCAGAAGACGAGCCUUUGAACUGACACAAAGUACAGCCGGUUUCGACUGAAACCAGUCCACAUGAGACGUGCAGAAGUCGCACCAGGGUUUUUUUUUUUUAUCUGACUUCGCUGUUUCUGCCCUGAACCUGGCUGCUCGCAGGUAGAACAUGCUUCACUUUUGAACUCCUAAAGUGGAUGCCAACUUCAGAAAUCAAGUUUCAUCACCCAUACAUGGACACCCUAUGGACCUAAGUGUGACCCAGAGGUUGUUACAUCUAGGCUCAGAUUCGGCCAUGCUGGCCCCCCAACCCCCCUUCUUCCUGGGUCACCUCACCUCUCAGCAUUGCACCUUGUUUUCCCAGCAGCACUUGCAGUAUAACAUUGAGCAAAGGCAAAGAGAGAUGGAGGAGGAAGAGAAAAGAGAAGAGCUACAACAGCUGAUACGAAAAAGAAAACCUGCGCCGAGUGCCGUUGCCAGUCCCAUGGUGAGGCAGAAACUUCGGGAACACUUAAUUAUGAAGAGUCAGUCCUCACAUGACAGGGUUACUCCCACCCACAGCAGCCCAACACAAGGAUACAGGCUCCCAAUACCCGACAUGUCCCCAAAUCCUCAGGCGUCCCCCGAUGACCAGCGUAAAGAUCUGGGUCUGCGCAGGACAUACUCUGAGCCCAUUCUGAAGUGGAAGAUAAAGAAGCUCAUCAGUUCAAGGCCAAACCCACUGCUCCGAAAAAUCAGCGCCCCUCCUGAGGUCAAGCACAGGACAGAAACUCUGGACUCCUCGAACAGCAGCAGCAGCAACCCAGCGUCAGGAUGCAGCUCCCCCAAUGACAGCCUCCAGUCAGACAACGGAGUCCUCCCACUGAACCAUGAAGCACAAAGGUUGAUUCUGAAGGAUGGUAGUUUGGCUCAUUUCACUGUGCCUCCCAACUCUACUGCAAUGCCAAACAUCACAGCUGGACUUCCUGCACAGGCUGAAAUGCGGUUAGCGAGGCCGUAUGCUGUAUCUGCUCUGCAUCAGGUCUACCUGCCUCUGGAAGGAAGCAGUCCAGGUCUGGCGCAGCGCCUACAGCCGGUGUUCAUACUGGAGCCACAUACUGGAAUGGUGCAUUCGCAGUUUGUCUCGCUUCAUGGCAUGAGCUCUGUUCCUCUGCAGCACCCCCAGCAGUCUCACCUGUCCAGAAGAGAAGGCGUAGUGCCUUUGUCUUCCCACAGACCUCUGGAGCGAACACGCUCAGAGCCUCCACCCUACAGCCACUCUCCACUCUCCACUCUGCAUGCAAGCCAUCAGACACACAUCCACUCCCAGUUGCCUCAGCAAUACACACGGGGGUUGGAGAGGUUCAAGCAGAACGCACCCCUGAGAAAGAUCCCAUCAGAGGACAUGGACCUGGAGGAGAUUGGAUCAGAAUUUGGUUCAGGGUCUGGGUCCGUCUGUGGCUCAGAGCCGGGCUCAGUGGGUGAGGAAGGUCACCGCAGGAGACAGAGCACAGCCAGCACAGACUCUGUUUACGACACAGAGUCCAAUACCUCCUCAAGGGAGAGCUUGAUCGAGCCUCCACACUCCCUCAAUCAGAGGCAGGUGAUCCUCAGACAGGGUCACCACCUAGACCACCUGGGUGUGCCUGGCGUAAUUUGGCCGCACCAACCUCUGGUUCGGACCCAGUCCUCCCCAGCCUCCACAUCUCUGCCUCCUACUCCACACCCGCCCACUGCCGUGCCUUCCCUGUCACUGUCCAGCCCUCCUGCAGACGUCCAGCUCCGCUACACCACAGGUCUGGUUUAUGACGCUCAGAUGCAGAAGCACCAGUGUACCUGUGGGGACAACAGCCGUCACCCUGAGCAUGCUGGAAGGGUCCAAAGCAUCUGGUCUAGACUGCAAGAAAGAGGCCUGAGGAGCCAGUGUGAGCGUAUCCGUAGCAGAAAGGCAACUCUGGAAGAGCUGCAGUCAGUACAUUCAGAGAAGCAUGUUCUCCUGUUCGGUACCAACCCGCUCAACCGCCUCAAGCUGGACAACCGCAAGCUGACCGGAAUCUUAUCUCAGAGAGUCUUUGUGAUGUUACCAUGUGGAGGGGUUGGGGUCGAUAUUGAUACAGUCUGGAAUGAGCUCCACACAUCAACUGCUUCCCGUAUCGCUGCAGGAUGCGUCACAGACCUGGCACUGAAGGUGGCACAGGGAGAGUUGAAGAAUGGUUUUGCAGUGGUGAGGCCCCCUGGACAUCAUGCAAGCCACUCCUCCCCUCUGGGCUUCUGUUUCUUCAACUCUGUGGCCAUCGCUGCCAAACAGCUCCAACACAAACUCAACGUUAGCAAGAUCCUCAUUGUUGACUGGGAUGUUCACCAUGGCAACGGCACCCAGGAAGCCUUCUACAAUGAUCCAAGUGUGCUGUACAUCUCUCUUCACCGCUUUGACGACUGCAACUUCUUUCCCGGUAGUGGACAUCCCAGCGAGGUGGGUGAGGAUGCAGGCAAGGGCUUCAAUGUGAACGUAGGAUGGACUGGUGAUUUGAACCCCCCUAUGGGUGAUGCAGAGUACCUGGCUGCAUUCAGAGCCGUGGUGAUGCCCAUCGCCCACGAGUUCUCCCCCGAUGUGGUGCUGGUGUCGGCUGGCUUCGAUGCUGUUGAGGGACACUCGUCAUCCCUGGGUGGCUACAAGGUCACGGCAAAGUGUUUUGGCUUCCUGACUCGUCAGCUCAUGUCACUGGCUGGAGGACGAGUGGUCAUGGCUCUAGAGGGAGGACACGAUCUAAAGGCCAUCUGCGACGCCUCUGAAGCCUGCGUCAGCGCCCUGCUUGGCAUGGAGGUGGAGCCUCUGUCGCAGUCCGUGUUGGACCAGAAGCCGUGUGAGAACGCUGUCAAAACACUGCAGAGAGUCAUCCAGGUUCAAGGUGAGUACUGGCAGAGUGUGAAGGACUCAGCCGCCACAGUGGAUCUUUCCUACCUGCAGGCGCAGAGAAGGCGGCUGAGACGGGACUCGGACAGUGAGGCCGUCAGCGCCCUCGCCUCGCUGUCCAUGGGAGCCAUCAGCCCAGACAGGAAACAGACCGAAAAACUGACGAAGAAAGCCUCUCUCUGAAGACAGAAUCAUCACCUGACAGCUGCCUUCAACCAAGCCUCAGUGGAAACACACACACACACACACACACACACACACACACACACACACACACACAUAAAGCUUUGCGUUUGGACCAUCACUGGAAGCAGACGUCCACCUCAGUUUGACCACUGUAUUCAUCACCUCAUAAAAAAAAAAUCUCCUCCACCUGCAUGACUACUGGCUGCAGUCUGACCACUCUGAUUCAAACACACACACUGAGCUGAACAUUCACCUGAGCUACACACAUUCUCACACACCUCUCCAGGCUCUUCUUGGAGGGGGUAUCUGUAAUUGAACUGAGAAACAUAAGUAUAAAUACGACCACCAGAGGCUGAUUAAAUGAA